GCACGCGCUUGUUCUCGACCACGCGACAGCCGCUGACAAGAUGGCGACCCUCCGCGGAGUGGUAAAAGCACAGCAUUGAGUGUUGUCAAGUACCAGAGAGGCUCGACAUCGAUCGGCAUGCCCCGCGAGGGCGGCCCUUCUCGUCGCCACGGCGAUAUGAAGCCUGCGUGACGCGACGCGGGGUGCCACGCGACAGCUUUGACAUUAGCGGCACCGGGGCAAUGGACCGCUGCAAGCACGUGGGGCGUCUGCGGCUGGCGCCGGACCACUCCAUCCUUAACCCGCAGAAGUGGCACUGCGUGGACUGCAACACCAGCGAGUCCAUCUGGGCCUGCCUGGGCUGCGCCCACGUGGCCUGCGGCCGCUACAUCAAGGAGCACGCCCUGCGGCACUUUGAGCAGCAGCGCCACCCGCUGGCCAUGGAGAUCAACGAACUCUACGUCUUCUGCUAUCUGUGCGACGACUACGUCCUCAACGACAACGCCACGGGAGACCUCAAGCUGCUCCGCGGUACCCUCGGCGCCAUCCAGAGCCAACGCUACGAGGUCAUCACCCGCAGCGGGCGCACUCUGCGCUCGACCGCCGAGGCCCCCGCUCCCUGCCGCGCUAGCGAGCUGCAGCUGCGCGACGAGGAUCGCAUGUUCACCGCCCUGUGGCACCGCCGCCGCGCGCUCAUGGGUCGCGUCUUCCGUUUCUGGUUGGGCCUGACUGACUGCGGCCGGGCCAGGCAGGAGGAGGAGAGACGGCGCGAGCAGGAUGAGGAGCAGAAGCGGGACGCCAGGGAGCGGAGGCGGGCGCUCAAGAGGCAGAUGCGGGAAGAGUUGGAGAACGCCCCGCAGAGGAAGAGCCUCCGCUUACGCGGGAGGACUCCCAGGGCUUUGGCAGCCGCCACCGCCACCCGUGCGGCCAAAAAGACUCAACGGGCCGCACCCCGCUCUCAAAGUCCGGCAAGCAGGAAGAGCAAGGGAAAGACACGAUCCAAACCCAAACGCAGGUGGCGUCCUUCUCCCGGCGGCCCACGCAAACCCCUAGCCACGCCCCCCGGUCGGCCAGAGCCCGCCGUCGGAGAAGGUGGCUCGCCCUACAAGCGCCGCCCCACCGUCACCCCCGGCGUGACGGGCCUGCGCAACCUGGGCAACACCUGCUACAUGAACUCCAUUCUGCAGGUGCUGAGUCACCUGCACGUCUUCAGGGAGUGUUUCUUGCGCCUGGACCUCACGCAGGCGCUGGAGCUGCUGGUGUCGGCCGUGCACGGCCGGCUGGCGACCGAGCCCUCGCCCCGCUCGGCCCGCGGGACGGGAGCCCCGGCAGGUGUGGGCCUGAGCGGCGGCGCCUCCCCGGGGGGGGGCCGCAGCAUGGAGCUGAUCCAGCCCAAAGAGCCCAGCUCCAAGCACAUCUCCCUGUGCCACGAGCUGCACACCCUCUUCCAGGUCAUGUGGUCGGGCAAGUGGGCGCUGGUGUCGCCCUUCGCCAUGCUGCACUCGGUCUGGCAGCUCAUCCCGGCCUUCCGCGGCUACGCGCAGCAGGACGCGCAGGAGUUCCUGUGCGAGCUGCUGGACAAGGUGCAGCGGGAGCUGGAGAGCACGCCCGGCGCCGACGUGCCGGACGCGCCGAAGCGCCUCAUCCAGCGGGUCCUCGGCGUGGUCAACACCAUCUUCCACGGGCAGCUCCUCAGCCAGGUGACGUGCCUGGCUUGCCAGCAUCGCUCCGACACGGUGGAGCCCUUCUGGGACCUGUCGCUGGAGUUCCCCGAGCGCUACCACAGCAACGGCGGGCGCGAGUCGCCCGCGCAGGCCUCCUGUCACCUCACCGAAAUGUUGGCCAAGUUCACAGAGACCGAAGCGCUGGAGGGCAACAUCUACGCCUGCCAACGGUGUAACUCUUCGCGACGGCGGUCUUUGUCCAAAGCGGUCCUCCUCACCAAAGCACAAAAACAGCUGAUGGUCCACAAGUUGCCUCAGGUGCUGCGGCUCCACCUCAAACGCUUCAGGUGGUCCGGUCGCAACCACCGGGAGAAGAUCGGCGUCCACGUGAGCUUCGACCAGCUCCUCAACAUGGAGCCGUACUGCCACGGCGAGUCGUCGGGCGGGCCGCCUUGCUCGCCGCGCGCCAAGAGCCUCCUCUACGAGCUGUCCGCCGUGGUCAUGCAUCACGGCAAAGGCUUCGGUUCCGGCCACUACACCGCCUACUGCUACAAUUCGCCGGGAGGUUUCUGGGUCCACUGCAACGACUCCAAGAUGAGCGUGUGUUCGGUGGACGAGGUUUGCCGAGCGCAGGCCUACAUCCUCUUCUACACGAGGAGGCUCACUCGGGACCAAGAGCGCCCCCUGUAGGCGGAAAGACGCUGAAAGAAAGACCCAUUUCUAGUCUUCACAUGCAGCGGAGCGGGAUUGUGGCAGGUAAUUUUGUUCCAUCCCUGACAGAUGAGCCAAAGUGCCCUUAAAAAAAAAAAAAAAAAGGAUUUAUUUUUAUAGGCCAAGGAAUGUAAUUUCCCAAGUUCUGAUUCAGAGCACCUGCAUCUUUUUUGCAGAGUGAUUGUAUUUAAAUGGAGCUUACACUCUUGAGCGCUUCCCUCAGUCUGGGAGGAUGUUGCACAAAAAACACUUGAACAUCAGCUCCUACUCCAUUUUGGCGUCAUACUAUGCAAAUUCUUACCUCACGUUUUUUUCCUCGAGAAAAUGACUUCAAUAAAUGAGAAUAUUUUUCCA